CAAUUAUAGUCACUGUAGAACAUUUAGAAAAUGCAAAAGAGGUCUAGAAGUAAACAAAAUUGCUUAUAGUCUAUUACAAAAUCUAUUAGAUGCAUAUUUUUCCAGAUUUUUCUAUACUUUUAAAUAGUUAUUAAAAAUUCAGAUUGCAUUACAUAAACCACUUUCUAAUAUACUUUAUUUCAUAAAUGUAUCAUAAAAUAUCUAAAAAUCCUAACAUAUUCCUCCAAAUUUCAACUUUUAUAAUACCAUGUCGUAUGGAUAACAUCUACGGAUAUUGAUAUUGAUGUUUUUGAAGAUUUUGUCUUCAAGGAUCCACUUGUUGGAAAACAGGAGCAUCUGAUGCAUCCUGUCACAGGCUUCCUGAAGGAGUCCCUGUUCUGGCAGAGCAGCUGCUGAGAUUACAGCAGCUGUAAUCACCCACUCAGCUGCCAGGUGGCUGAGAGCCCGUCCUGUAAACCACCUGACUGCAAUAUCUUGUCAUGCUAUGAGGGGUGACGGUGAUACUGGAAUGCUGAAUUUUUACAAAGAUUUAUUUCAAACAGGUCUAAAAGCCUUGAAUGUCCAAUUUUAAAACAGCUUUAAAUGUCCAGGAAUUCCCUCCCUGUGUCCACAAAGGGACAAUCUUCAAGGUUUUCUUUUGCUUCCUUCUUUCCUUCCUUCUCUCCUUUUCCUAAGUAUUUCUUUUCCUGAAACGACUUGAAUUCAUUUACCAAAACUUCAUUAUCAGAAAAUCUUUGAGUAAAACUGGGACAGUGGUUCUUCACAUCUUAGGGUAGAAUAGACAUUAAUAGAUAAAUCUUUCAUACCCGGAAAGAAAUCACCAUCCAAAACCAAAAUAUUUUUUAAAAUGCAGUAAGGUAUAACUGCUUGGGAAGUGUUCAGUCCCAUGGUUUUAACUGUACAGCACAUUUCCUAUAAUAGGUGAAGAAGCUUCACAGAUAUAAAUCUUUAAAAAUCCAUGUAAACUGGUUUAAAUGCUAAAAGCUUACAUCUUUUGGAUUACUCUAAAUUUUUGCCUAAAUUACUUUCAAUAAUUCAACAGUAUUUGUUCUUCACUGCUAAUUUUGCUAUUCUCAUGAGGUAUUGUUUCUAAGGCUUGCGUAAAGGAGGCAAAUGGAAGGGAGUAACAAGAGAAAUGUGUUAUAAAAAUACUUUUUCUCAUUAAUUUAUGAACUGGAAACAAUUGUGUCUUGCUCACCAGUGAAACUAGUUCCACCCUAAGUGGAUUUUAAGGAUCUCAGGUCAGCCCUCCAUGAAUAUCUGCAUGAAGUUUAAUACUUCACUAGGAAACACCAAGAAGGUAUCAUCAUUGGACAAGCAGACAAGAACUAAAUGAAAAGCCAAAGCAUCUUACUUGCUUUUUUCACUGAUUGCAAAUGUUGUCCUAUGCUUCUGAAUUUCUGAAUGCUUUCUUCUUCAUACUUUUAAACAUCAGUGCAAGUUUAUUUUCAAUAUACAAUUCUGGAAUAAAAAUCUCAUAAUCCAAGAAAAGAAAUAAUGUCUGAGACAAAGAGAAAUACGCAAUGCACUUUUAUUUUUUGCUGUGGUAAUCACUUCCUGGUAAGCUCUUGCUGUAGUGUUUGACAACACAAAGUACCUCAGUGGGAGCAGUAUAAUCAUUUGAAGGUGACCAAACAUCUGUUAAUAUGUUUCCUUUUUUAUUGUUUCUGUAUUGAGAGAUAAUUGAAAGAUUUGCCAGUAGAUUUUAUUUUGUUGAAAGAUCACUGCAAUAGUUUCUAAUUUUUUUAAAAAAAGAAAAUUGGCUCUGGUUAUUUUCUUAAUCUUUCUUCAUUCAGAAAUACGGUGAGUUUGAGAACGGGAGACAGUAAUUAUUUCACUUUGCCAUAUGUUACAUAUAUCACUACAGACCUCACAAUAGAUUAACUCUUUUUUCCUUGCUCUUAAUUAAAUAUGAUGCUACUAGAACAGCUGUGUGGUAAUGAACUUCAAAAUGAAUACUCUGAACAUCGUAGCAUAAAAAUGAAUACCAAAGAGCUAGAGGCCCACCACCUUCUUUUAUAUGGAUUGAUUGGUGUUUAGGAUGCUGAUAAUGUUUUGGUUUGGGGACUCUGAAUUUAAUUUGAAAAAAAUUGAACUAAAAGUGCUUGUGCUAAUUCCUUCUUUCCAUUGUUUAUUUUGAAUUAUUAUUAACUUUGUCAGUGGUCCAGUUAUAUUUCUCUCUGAAAUUUUAAUAAAAAUAUGUGAAACAACUUAUUCUAUCUGUGAAACUUUCAAAGUUAUAAUUUUCUCUCUAAGUCUAAUCUUUGGAAGGGUGAGAAGGCUGGUUUUAUGAAGGGAUUUUGAAUGGUGUACUUUGUAGGUAAAAGUUUUAAAAGCAGAGAAAAGGUAUAAUCAGAGAGUAUCAUUCUCAAAAGAUUGCAAGAAAUAUGGAAAAAGGGGAGCUAGAGGCAGCAUUGAGGAUUUGGUAUGAAUUAGUUUACUGGCUGGCAGAUAACAAUUUAAAGGUUUCUCUUGCAUCUAGGAAUGACACUUAUAAAGGGAACAGCAGAAACAUAUUGCUAUAUGGAGCUGCAGUUCAGACUCUGCCUCUAGCUUUCCAAUAAAAUUGGCACCAAGAACUUGACAUUUUAUUACUACCCUUAGACCCAGGGGUCUGAAAAUUGUCAUUCCUAUACUAUACUCCAAACUGCAGUUGAAAAAAGUCUUUUCUGCUAUAUUUCAGAUAAAGAGAGUGCCUUUCUUCCUUGUGGGCAUCCCUAAGGGUUUGGUAAUUUAAGCAAAUUAAAGUAAAAUAAUUCAUUGGAGUGUAUGUUGAAAAGCAGAGUGCUACUCUACUGUAAAGAAGACCUUUGAAUGUACUUCUUCAAUUUGAAAACAGACAGAACCAAAUGAAAAGAUGAAUUAUUGGCACAUUUUGACAAAAAAUGGUUUUUUACUGAAUCCCUCAAAAACUUCAUUGUCAAAAAAAAUCAAAAUGUAUGUUUUUCUAAAUAUAUCUGCACUCUUUAUAAAAAUUAAUCUGCCUAGUAAAACACCCUCAAGAAGUAAUUUGCAUUCUUGCCUUCCUUUCUCCUGCUAUAUUAAAAUCCAAACUUUAUUCCUUUUUUCUUUCUGAGCGAGGUUAUACGUUUACUAACUUACUCAGGAUAUUGGACUCCAGGCUGAGCAGACCUUGACUGGAAUUCUAGCCCCACCCCUCACAUGUAACAGUGCCCAGAUGAAUUAUUCUCAUCUGUGAAAUGGGCAUAAUGGCUACUUCAUAGAAUUAUUAUGAGGAUUAACUGAAAUAAUGUAAAGUUCCCAGCUCUGUGUAUCUCAUAGGACAGGUGAUCACAUUGUUAGUUCCUUUUCUAUUUUCCAUCUGUCUCCCUCCUUUUCCCUCCCCUUACCACAAUCUAACCUCUAAACAAUGCAUACAUAAUUGUAGAAGCAUUAGCAUGAACAUCCAGAUGCAAUUUGCUAUUGAAUUAAUUCAACAGUGAACUUGGCAUUCUGUUCCCAACCUUUCCCCUUCAUUAAUCCCCAUCACUACGCCCACCCCCCAACACAUGAGUACACCAAGACACCAAGCGAACUGUGAAACCAGCCAGCACGUGAGCAUUUCUGUCAGGGUUUCGGCUGGCCUGGUUCUGUCUCAAAGACCAGACAGCACUCACGUUGUUCGCAAUUAACUGGCUCUGGCCAUGUGGUCACUGCCAUCAAGAUCCGCCACGCAGAGGACAGCAGUUCAAUAAAAUCUUAAACUCUAUUUAUAGCCCACUUGAAACAAAUACUUUUCUACAAAGCCCAAAGAGUACUCCUUGAGAACACAGGAAGUAACUUACCAGCUCUGUAUGCUAACUAGGGCAAUUGAAAGGAAGAAAAAUUCAGUAAGAACAUUUUUUCCAGCACUCUACAAUUUACAAAACACUUUCUCGUACACAUUGUCCCAUUUCACCCUCACACCACCCCAUGAGGUAGACAAAGCAGAUGCUAACAACAACUACCCAUUUUGUAGAUUAUGAAACUGAUGUCAGGAGAUGAGUUAACUUGCUCGAGUUUAUAUGACUGGUGGAUAAGGUGUGGGAAUAAAAUACUGUUAAUAUAAUCAAAGUUCAGUAAAUAACUAUUUACAUAUAAGAAAAAAUAUAUUAAGAGAAAUGUUUCAUAAUGUACUUGCAAAUUAGAAAUGUUCCCUAUCUUCUUACAAGAUAAUCAAAAUAUGAGACAAAAAAAGUUGACUCUUCAGAGAAACAUGUGUAAACAUGUUUAUAUCUGUCUAUAAUGUAUACACACAGGAUGAUUACAUUUUACACAAUAAAUGCCUUCUUGAAAACCACCUCAAAACUAAAAUGUGUGUAAGUCGAGACUAAUCUUGCAGGAAUUUUUAUCAGAAAUAUCAGCUCUGAAGUAAAUGCAUCCUUAUUAUUUUUUAUAUGGGGAGUUCUGCCUAAUUUCAAUAUGUACACCCAAAGCAAGAUUUUAUUAAUAUGAAUUGGUUUAUAGACCAGAAAUUAUUCUACUCUUAAAAUAGCUAUUUUAGUUUGUGCAGAUACUUUUUUCUAAGACCUUUCCUUAAGCCUUGUUAACCAGAAAGGGUAAGAACAAAAACUUUUUAGCUUGAAAAAGAUGUAGAAUAGCUACAGGGAAUUCUGUGAGUGUGAGUGUGAGUGUGUGUGUGUGUGUGUGUGUUAGAGAGAGAAAGAGGGCUUAUUACUUAGAGUGCCCCUCAGUUAGCAGAUUGGCUUAAUGCCAUUUUGGAAUUCUCGUAUUUACUGCUUCUCUGACCUCCUAUUGUCCCAGCUCUGAUUUAUGGAGUUCAGAAAGGCAAGGUCCCUGGAAUUUAGGGUCUUUCCUUGUCGGGUCCCUCCUGUUCCCGGUAUACCCUUUCUGUCUGUGCUCACCUUGGAGUGACCCUGCAGGGCUCGGAGUUUUUACCUGAGCUCAGUAGCUCGGGAGUCUACUAGGGCUGGUGAGCAAGCCAGUGGUUUCCAUUCCUGGGUGAUGGAGUCAUGGGAGAAACUGCAGUGAACAAACACAGAGUAGGACCCGAGGCAGGCUUGCAUGUGCUUUAAGCGGCUCAGGACAGCAGCUGCUCUGUCUCCCAGCCUGCAAGUGCAGCCUGCGUUUAACACUGUCCACUGAAGUGUGUUUGUGCAAGGAGGUGAUAGAGAUCGGAUGACAGCAAAUCAUGAAAGCUACCUCCUCAUGGCGAGCACCCAGAAUGAUAUGGAAGACUGGGUGAAGUCCAUCCGCCGAGUCAUAUGGGGACCUUUCGGAGGAGGCAUUUUUGGACAGAAACUGGAAGACACUGUCCGUUAUGAGAAGAGAUAUGGGAAUCGCCUGGCUCCAAUGUUGGUGGAGCAGUGCGUGGACUUCAUCAGACAAAGGGGACUAAAAGAAGAGGGUCUCUUUCGACUGCCAGGCCAGGCUAAUCUAGUCAAAGAGCUCCAGGAUGCCUUUGACUGUGGAGAGAAACCAUCAUUUGACAGCAACACAGAUGUGCACACAGUGGCAUCACUUCUUAAACUGUAUCUCCGAGAACUUCCAGAGCCAGUUAUUCCUUAUGCGAAGUAUGAAGAUUUUUUGUCAUGUGCCAAACUACUCAGCAAGGAAGAGGAAGCAGGUGUUAAGGAGUUAGCAAAGCAGGUGAAGAGUUUACCAGUGGUCAAUUACAAUCUCCUCAAGUAUAUUUGCAGGUUCUUGGAUGAAGUACAAUCAUAUUCAGGCGUUAACAAAAUGAGUGCACAGAACUUGGCAACUGUAUUUGGACCUAAUAUUCUGCGUCCUAAAGUGGAAGAUCCUUUAACCAUCAUGGAGGGCACAGUGGUGGUCCAGCAGUUGAUGUCAGUGAUGAUCAGCAAACAUGAUUGCCUCUUCCCCAAAGAUGCAGAACUGCAAGGCAAGCCCCAAAAUGGAAUGAGCAACAACAAUGAAAUUCAGAAGAAAGCCACCAUGGGUCAGUUGCAGAACAAGGAGAAUAAUAAUACCAAGGAAAGCCCUGGCAGACAGUGCUCUUGGGACAAGUCUGAAUCUCCCCAGAGAAGCAGCAUGGACAACGGAUCCCCCACAGCUCCAUCGGGCAGCAAAACCAACAGCCCUCGGAACAGUGUUCACAAGCUGGAUGUCUCCAGGAGCCCCCCUCUCAUGGUCAAAAAGAACCCAGCCUUCAACAAGGGCAGUGGGAUAGUCACCAAUGGGUCCUUCAGCAGCAGUAAUGCAGAGGGUCUUGAGAAAAUGCAGACCACCCCCAAUGGGAGCUUACAGGCCAGAAGGACCUCUUCUCUGAAGGGGUCUGGUACCAAGAUGGGCACUCACAGCGUGCAGAACGGAACAGUGCGCUUGGGCGUUCUGAACACCGACGCGCCCGGGAACCCCGUGAACGGUCGCAGCAUGAGCUGGCUGCCCAAUGGCUACGUGACCCUGAGGGAUAACAAGCAGAAAGAGCAAGCGGGAGAGUCAGGCCAGCACAACAGGCUCUCCACCUACGACAACGUCCAUCAACAGUUCUCCGUGAUGAACCUUGAUGACAAGCAGAGUGUCGACAGCGCCACCUGGUCCACUUCCUCCUGUGAAAUCUCCCUCCCUGAGAACUCCAACUCCUGUCGCUCCUCCACCACCACCUGCCCAGAGCAAGACUUUUAUGGUGGGAACUUUGAGGACCCUGUUCUGGAUGGGCCCCCUCAGGACGACCUUUCCCACCCUGGGGACUAUGAAAGCAAAAGUGACAGGCGGAGCGUGGGAGGGCGCAGUAGUCGCGCCACGAGCAGCAGCGACAACAGCGAGACGUUUGUUGGGAACGCCGGCAACCACAGUGCCCUGCACAGUUUAGUGUCAAGCCUGAAACAGGAAAUGACCAAACAGAAGAUAGAGUAUGAGUCCAGGAUAAAGAGCUUAGAGCAGCGAAACUUGACUUUGGAAACAGAAAUGAUGAGCCUACACGAUGAACUGGAUCAAGAAAGGAAAAAGUUCACAAUGAUAGAAAUCAAAAUGCGGAAUGCUGAGCGAGCAAAAGAAGAUGCAGAGAAAAGAAAUGACAUGCUACAGAAGGAAAUGGAGCAGUUUUUUUCCACAUUUGGAGAGCUGACAGUGGAACCCAGGAGAACCGAAAGAGGAAACACGAUAUGGAUCCAGUGAGCGUGCUUUCUCCCACUGUCUUGUUUGCCUCUGGCAAGGACUCUGGGAAUUCUGGGGAGGAUAUUAUAUGGGAGCAGGUGGCUGGUCACCUGAUUGUACAGUGCUCUAACCGGUGAGGGAAUAUAAUUUACAGACAUUAACCAUCCAUAUCUGUGAUGUGUACCAAAGUUAUAUCAUGCCCCAUAAUGCUACUGUUAAGUGUUACAACUGGAUAUGUGUAUAUAGAGUAGUUUUUAAAAAGUAAACUAAAAAUGAGAAGUGUAUCUCAAGAAUUAUUUUAUGGCAAGUCUUGUAUUUAAACUGUUAAAUCAAUAUGUUGUUGCAGUUUAGCUUGCUUUCAAGCUUCACCCCUUGCACUUAACAUAAGCUAUUUUG